AUGGCGUGGGGUUGUCGCUGGGAGCGAUUUUCUAGGCACUGUAACUGGCGAAGUAGUGUGGAGUUGAACAAACGUGCAAUGGUGAUGCCAGGACUUCAAAGAAGAAGGCUGCGAAUGUACUUUACUGGACUGCACUGGAUUGCAUUGGACUGCUGUACACUGCAUGGUGGAUCGAUGUUUGACGAAGAUCAGCAACGCAAGCGGCCGGACGAAAGGUAG